AUGCUAUCGUCAGUCGAUAUACAGCCGGACGAUGUCUCCUCCUCGACGACGGCCUCGAUAAACUCUGCCCAAGCUCCUCUUCACACAAUCACUCUCUCCGUGCCCUCGACAGACGACCUUCAAUCAAGUCUUCUCCCGCCUUCUCCGCGCUCUACAGAGGUAGAAAUGGAUGAUGCAGCGACCACAGAUGACACAUACAACCUGCCUACGCAUUUCAACGACCUACCUCCUGAAAUCCACGAAACAAUCCUUGAUCACAUCCUCGGAGUUCGUGGCUCGACUCUGGCAUCCAUCACCUCUGCAACCGUUACUACGUCAAGCUGGAGCAAGGCACUCCGACACCCCCGUAGGAAGGCGUUAUCCGAUCUAGCUCUCGUGUCUCGGGCAUACAGAGCGUUGGUCCAGGGCAGAAUUUACCGUCAUAUUCAAAUCAAAGGAACGACAGACUGUCUUGCAGAAUGCGCCAGGUGGUUUGACUCGCACCCCCACCUUAAACCAUACGUUAGACACAUCGAGAUCUGGGUUCCAGUUUGGGGCGACCGGUUGAGAAAAUCGCAUUUUUCACCUCCCAGCCGUCGGGAGAGCGGGCAGGCAAACUUCGGCGUAAUCGAAACGAACACUGUGGAGGCGUUUAUGAACGGCCUGGACGCGCUCGCCAGUAGCCGGACAAACUGCAACUUCAAGUCAGCCAGUCACAAUGCCACGUUACAACAGAUAUUUCAGAGCGUCGCGAACCAGUUCCCCGACGCAAAGAUGAUGACUCUGGAGGGUGGACAUUGCAAAAAGCCGCCCAUGAUCCGGCAUUUUGAAAGUGACCCGUGGGGAGAUAGCGGGUUGGAGUCGCUCCCCCCACUUCCUAACAUCCAGACGUUUAUUAUGAAGGGUGCAUGGAACAUCAUGAGAGACUACAGCCAUUGGACGAAUAUAUCUACAGCCCUGCCGAAUCUUCGUGAAUGGCACUGCUUCUACGCCAAGUCUAAACGGGAAGCCCACAUCACCAUCUCAAAGGUACUCAGGACGUUCCCGCCUCAGCUGACCCGUCUUAACAUCAGCCUUGACGGCUUCUGCAGUAAGACGAGCUCACGUGGAUUUUUGAACCCCCAAGACGAAAAGCACCUUUGCCGCCUCUUCGGUGCGAUAAUGCCACAGCUAGAAUCUCUGACCUUUACAGGAAAAGUCUGUGCUAGCCUCUUCCUCUCCGGCAGGGCAGCAGUAUUAUCCUCGCAGAGAAAGUCAAAGCUGAAAUCAGUAGACCUGGUCGUCAAGGCCUGCUGCUGGGGCCAUGAAUCCGACGAUGGCUCCCUAAUACCAACCGAUAUAUCCGGGAUUACAAACAUGUCUUUCAUCAUCGAAUUUGAAAAGUUAGUCAUCGCUGCUAUUCACUCUCUCGGUACACUGGCAGCGCUUCAAUACAUUCGUAUCCGAUUUAUAGAUCUGGACUCUAUUUGCGGGCUCCUGAACCCGUAUUUCCAAUUGGUUGACAAUACCUGCACAGGCGUGUGGAGUGAAGCUAUUCUCAAAACCCUGGAAGAAAGCAGGCCUGAAGCACAAUUCGUGGAACUAAACAACGGUAUCCUUGAAGAUUACGGGAUCAACUCAAGGACAGGGACGCGCUCCUAUCCACGUACCCGACCUCUAAGCAUCAAAACAAGUUGUUACAGGAUCAUCGCCGACAAGUCAAAACCUUGA